AUGAUUCGCUUGGAGGAGAUGAUAGGAAAGUCAGUUCCAGGUUGUGGGCUUAAAGCUUCUCCUCACAUUGAUUCUAGAUUAAAAACUCUUGUGGGCAAAUUUAGAGCUAUCCUUCAAAUGUUGGCAACAAAGGGAUUCAAAUGGGAUGAGAAGAAGCACAUGAUAUGUGUGGAGAGAUCAGUGUAUGAAGAAUAUUGCAAGGCGCAUCCUACUUGCAAAAAUCUGUAUGGAGUGUCUUUCCCUCACUUGCAUGUUAUGAUGGAGAUCUAUGGUAAGGAUUUUGCUACUGGAAAGCCUGCCGAGGGUUUUCUAGAUGCUGUAGACGACAUGGAUAAAGAGGAAGUUGCGCAAGUUUACAUUGAAUCAAGUGAUGAUGAUGUGGGUGGUAGUGGAAUCCUAACUACGGAAUUUGCUCCUCCGUUGAAGAAGGUGAAAAGAGACAAGACUUCUAAGAAAAAAGGAAGUGAUAAUGUGGCUCAGUGCUCCAGUGGUUUAGAGUUAGCAUGCUUGCAGAAUUUCAUGAAAGAUAUGAAUGCCCAUCUUUCUACCAUGGCUAAGGUUUGGUCUCGUGCUGAUGACCGUGAGCAAGAUAUAGCGGAUAAGUGUAACAAAGUCUUGGGUGAACUAUUGAAGUUAGAUGGUUUAACCCCAGCUGAGGCUUUGGAGGCAGCAAAUAUUUUAACCGCUCAACCAAAUAAGCUCAAUAUUUUUUUUAAUUGUCCCGUCUAUUUGAAAAAGCAGUAUGUCAAAAGUCUCCUUGGCUCUGGUGAUAAUGGUUGUUCCUGAACUCUGUUGCAGACUUGCAGCUACUUUGUAGGAGAGAGGUCCUAUGUAUUUUCAAAAUGAUCUUGUAAAUUUAAACUAUACUUCUUCCAUUUAAUACAAAGUACAUGUAUAAUUUAUUACUUUUGCUUUCA